UUUGAUCAGUAAAAUAGUGGAAACUUAAGUUUAACUUCUUUAAUUACAGCUUAGUAUUAUCUUACUUCUACAUAGAUUUCUAAGAGUGUAUUUAGUCAGUCACUAGUUAAUUUCAAUCAAAUAUUUUUAACACCUUUAAAAACAAUGAGAUUUAAACAACCCAUAAUUUUAGUGGUGCUCCUGACCACCUCCUUGCUCAUUUUAUCCAUCCCAUUCUGGAUUUUCGACCUGAAUAACAACACUCCAAUCGUGCUCCGAUGCGAUUUGAACACUUCAGUGGAAAAUCUAAUAGAGGAAUUUAAACAGGAGGGGAAAAAUUUCACAGUUCCCGAAUUUUUGCAUUUAUACGGAGAAGUCACGAAAUUCCAUUUUGACAAUAGGAAUUCCUCCGAUUAUAACGACCUCAUCCCGUACAUCGUGUACAACUCGACGUUCUACGAUCUAACGCCAAACAGUGUGAUAAUGAUUUACUACACGUGCAUAAAUAACACAAAGGAACAGGUAAUGUUUUUAGUGGAAAUGGACGAGUUGUAUCCGGAAUUUUAUUCAUUCCGGAAAAACAGGAUGGAAAAUAUUAAAUAUUCUCAAAAUCUCGCGAUCCGAGUCAGGCUAUAUUUUCACAUCCUCCUUGUCAACUGCAGCGCCCAGGUCGUAUUUGCGACAAUUAUCGCAAUAACGUACCUCAUUUUGUGGGAGCGCCACUCCCUCCACGGCCACCUCCAGUUGUGCUACGUCCUUUUGGAAGCCAUCCACAGGACUGGGAGGCUUAUCUAUCUCGCCUACUUUGUUGAGGACAAAGGUGCCGGAAAUAAAUAUAUUUACAACGCGAAUUAUUUGGAGAGUUGUGCAAAAUUUGACACAUUUGCCGAGUACAUCCAAAUCUCGAAACUCUUCUGGCUAACAAUUUUGGUGUUCGACUUGUGGAAAACGUUCGGAAGAGGGAUUGUUCUCCUGGGAAAGAGAAAAUCAAAAUUUGUUAAAUAUUUCGCCUUCGCCGUUCUAUCCCCAGCCGUGUACACCUGUGCCGGAUUGAUAUUACAAGCUUGGGUGUGGGGCUACGAUUGUUUCUACCUUCUUGAACGGCGGAAUGAAACGGCGUUUCAAAUUUGGAGAAAUACCCCCUCAAUAUUUCUCUUCGUGUGCAACUUGUUUUUUGUCAUUUCUUGCUACCGGAAGUCUAAAGUGAUGCAAAAAGAGGGAGAAUUUGCGCAGAGAAACGUAACCAGUAGGACGGACAGCAGCAGCAGGACAAGGUACUCACAAGUAGUGGCACAAGUAUCGCCGGACGGUGUUCUUAAAUCGAAAUACAAUACUGAUUGCCAAAUGCAGUCGGUUAUCCUGCCUUAUCGGGAAGGUGUUAUGUACACUUUUGGCGAUAAGUUCAUCUCGCGUGAGGCACAGGGCGAGUUCGUCUUCGUAGAUUUGAAGCGCAGCCAGUGGAACUGGAGUCCCGAUUCAAUGUUUCAAAUUGGCUGUGAGGAUGGCGACUUCUUCGUCAAACCGGGCGAGGGAAAUAUGGUCAUCAAAAAUGGAGUAAUCCUUAAUAAGACGGCCAGACCGUGGCUGCAUUUUGGCGAUGAGUUGGGGUUCAUGAAAUAUCGUAACGACAUUUCCGGUGGACUAGCCAUGUUCAGUUUUCAAGAACGAAAAUAUACCACUAAUUGGGAUAAAAACGGACGCAAUUCGGCCGAAUCUGGGCCGGAGAAUGGUGCUGGAUUAAAUUUCACCCCGGGGAAAAACCAAUUGAUAUUCUCCCACAUUCUGUCCCACCUUUCCUUGGGAAACUUGAAGAACGCUCGACUAGUUUGCAAACAGUGGGACGAACAAGUGUCCCCCCUCGUACGGAAGAAAUCCAUCAUACGUUUUAGCAACUACUGUACCACUCCCUCCAUGAGAUUUUCCUGGGUGUCACACCCUGGCCCAAUUGGAAGAUUGACUGUCCAUUCUCCGUCCCAGUAGUGGACGAUGUGGAAGAGCACGACGAGAAAGGACGAGCCGCCAAGUUUCUCGCAGAUUUGAGCUGGUUUAUUAAUCCAAGCAGGGGACACCACGUGAAGACCUUGUGGCUAAGUGGGAGGAUCCACUCUGACCCAGAUUACGACGUGUAUAUCAAUGUCGUCACCUCACUUAAAGAUACUCUGGAAGAAUUAAGGAUCGACCUCUACAUGAAAAUUUUCAAUGCUGAUGGACACGAAGAGAACUAUUCUACCGAGGGUGAUCUCGUUUUCAAAAAUUUGAACAAAUUCACAAUGUGCAUAAGCUCCUAUGUGCCUGAAACGUUUUCCGCGCCAUGGGUGAAACCUUGGGCAAGGGCGAUUAAAGGUGUGAAUGCCAUGUUCAUUCUAAGCCAGGUUCCUCUGGGGUCACGAUUUGUGAAAGAGCUUCAAGAAGCGGGAACUUUGUCCUAUAAAAAUUUGAGGGAGAUCGAGCUCAAGUGCAAGACAGAGGAUGGAAUCAAUUUUCUGGCCGAGGUUAACCAACCUUUGAAGAAGGUGACUAUCAAGAUACCCUUGGAAAUAGGGGAAGUUUCAAAGUUUGAGAAUUUGCUCAAGAAAUUUGCCUUAUCCUUGGAACUUCUCAGUUUUCGAGUAUCUACAGAAGGAAUGGCAGAGAAGUCCCGUUUCGCACUGAAUUUCCCGUAUCUACCGAGCCUGAAAAGUUUGGAUUUUCAUUUCGGAGUAUUCAAAAAAGUCCAUUUUUGCAAUGGUUACGAUUGUUUUAUUAAGGACGUGGCACGGUUUAGACUCUCGUUCCCUCCGCUGUCAUAUUCCCGCCAUACUGGCGACGAUUGUCUCGACUACGCACGCCAUCUUCCCUCGAUUCGUUCCAUCGUGGUGACACCGUCGUUAUACGGGGCUGAGGAGGAGACCAUGUUUUGGGACACGUACAGCAACCUUAUUGACAGUCUCCUACCAAAGCUUGGACAAAGUUGCAGAACUCUUCGAAAUUUCGAAAUUCCGAGUCGUGUAGAGUUUAAUGCCGAGACGUCACUUCUUCGAGGGACCCAACUGCCGGAAAUAUUUCCAAAUGUGGGGAACAAAUGGAUAAACGAUUUACGGGAGAUUAAGGAUGAUUGAGAUAUUUGGUAUAAAAUUAAAUUCAUUACUAAACUGAGAGUCUGUAUCAUUGUGUAAAACAAGUAUUUUCAUCGUAUUGUAUGAAUUACGUGCUAAACUUCAUGCAGUGUGCGGAUAUGUAUUUAUUUUGAAAUUUUUGCAUGGUGACGAACUACAGUUAAAAUUUAAGUGUUUUGCUUAACUCAUAAUAUGUAAUAUAGUAAAAAUGAUAGUGUUUCAAUGUGUGUACAUAAAUACAUAGCUACAUAAAUAUGUUGAUUCAUAUUUAUCAUACAUAUUUGCAGGCACAUGCAUACAUAUGUACUAUUAUGUACAUACAUGUGUACAAAUAUUGAUAAAUAUGUCGGCGAUUAAAAUUUGUGAACUACAUUCACACAAAUAUUUUGCCCCUUGGUUGCAGGCUUUGUAACUAUUUAUUUGCUAAAACAUCACACUAAAAUUUGCGGCAUGUGCAUACAAAAUGUUUGCAGAAUUGUGAAUUAUUUUAAAAAUAAAACUUAUCCAUGUAA